GCGGUACAUAGGCAGGCAGGCAGGCAGGCAGGCACGGCACUCACAUUCGGCAUCACCCGUCGUCAUCUUAUGCUUGUCGUUGUUUCCACAGUCGUCCCCGUUCCAAACACUCCGGUCUCAAGGCAGGCAGGCUUCCGAGAAGGCCAGUCGUAUAGUUUCAGUUCCAGAGCGAGUUCGGUCGUUGUUUUUUACAGCUCGCCGAAUUUCGGUCGGCAAAGUGUGCAUCCUGAUUAUCAGCCGUUCGAUUGGUGGAAAAGUGAAUUAAACUGAAUGCACGGUGUACUACAACAAGUGAUAGACCACAAUUUCAAUUUCGUGCAAGUAGAAUUCGGGGCAAAUCGCAUGAAUACGCGUGAGGCUUGUUUCAAUCUCAUGCUGCUUCCAUUCGGACCUCUUGCUGCAGAAAAUUCAUUCGAGGGUCUACAUUUGCCUGUGUAAGUGUGUAAGUGUGCUUGGAUGAAACAUCUUGCUCACUCGACUGCGAAGAGCUGUAAAUAAAGAACCUCCUCGGAAAGAUACAAAAAUGUUGAACAAACAACACCUUUGGUGGAUUUUCUUCACCGGAUCCAUCAUUGCAUGUUGCUCGGCGGUUUCGGGGGGCUCGGAUGGCCAAGCCAAGGGUCUCUACAAUUAUGGAGGGCUAGCAGCAGCUAACAGUGGUGGUAGUGGCACUGGAACAUCAAGUUCCCGGAUGUCAGCACAGCGAUACUACAUGCCAUCCGGGCUUGGAAAUCCUAGCGACUCCACUAGCCGGUACGGGUCAACGACCCCCAGUCAACAACGAUCGGUGGUCACCCCGAAGACAAGUCGCAUCUCAGCGUGGGGAAUCAUAUCGAUCGUGAUGUUCGUGAUCAUGAUUGGCGCUGGGGCCUACUGGGGAUUCAUUUGCUACCCGGUGUUGUGCAAGAAGGAACGAAACUACAACAUGAUGAUGAACAUGUCUACGGCGACUACUGCCACUCCGACCCGGUCCACCGAGUUCGAGAAACUCGAGAACUAUUGCGCCAAAUCGACCACAUCAAGCCGAAGCAAUGACACCGGCAUUAGUAAUAUUUAGGGUCAGAACAGAUGAACUGGUACUUAUUACCUGCUUUCUUCUACUUACUGAUAAGCACAUAUCAAGCUGCGAUCCACACAAUGGAAUGGAUUACUUCUUUUCUUACUUGCAAAUCCACAGAUUCGGCUUGCCAUACAAAUAUCGUCCUAGUUUUAGCGGAAAUAAACGAACGGUAGCAAAUUAAACCGAUUGUGAACAAAUAAUAGACAUAAGUAAACUCGAAAUAUGAUUACUAAUAAGAGACUGAUUUUUCUACCGAUGUAGGAAAAGUGUUAGGGUUGUAGAAAAUUCCAAAACGGAAACAAUAAAAGAAUUUUACUACCUUUUCAAAAAACAA